AUUUUAAACGUUAUGCUAUGUCAUGCUGCCAUAACUGAGGUUGUAAGUCGUUCAAUCUCAACUCGCACUUGUCAAUCAGAAAAUGUUGGUGUGCGUGACCUGUCGUGGGAAAAGGCUUUGCCGAGAUUUGAGUUUUCAUACUGCAGAACAGCGUAUUUAAAAAAUAUGGCUGUCACAUAGGAAAAUUAGGAUUUGUAAGUGCGUAUGAUUUGUGGUUCUCUAUAUUGCGAGCUGACUCGCCUAUGCCAUCUAAUAUUCAAACUGUGUCAUCUAUUGACGAUGAAAUGAAUUACAGAUAUGAGAACUAUAAAAUGAAAGGAAAUGAUUUUCGUUUGACGUUUGCUAUUUCUGAUGCUACCAUAUCUUCUCCGGAAAUGAAGGUAUUGAAUCCAGGUAAUAUCCAUAAUCAGCUUGAUGAUGCAGUUUCCUCGUAUCUUUGCGCUAAUAUUAAAGUAAUUCAAAAUAAAAAGAUACUUCUUCCUGAACUCUUGAAAUGGUAUCGCAAAGAUUUAUCACCUGACUUGUCAGCUCCAACAAUGAACGUGGAAAAUUUAAAUGACGAUGUUAAAUGGGUUGAGUUUUUGUUGAAAUUGUCUCCUUAUCUUCGCGGGAAAGAGUUUUUGAAUAUUCAUGAUCUUGCUUCACAGUUGCCAUUUGCUUUUACUCCUUAUAAUUGGAAAUUAGGUUUUCAAUUUUCGACAAACAAGGCGCAUUCAAUACACGAGAAAGCUUUCUACAGUUCUGCUACACCAAAGCAUGCACUUUCUCAAGAUUUAUCUCGAUACUUGGCCGGCCAGUCCUCCCUUGUUGCAUCACUUGCCAAUCUUGCCAGCUCUCAAAACUAUGGAGGUAGUGAAGAACAAGAAAAAGAAUCAAAAGUACCCUCGCUGACUUUGGUCAGCAAUUCGCAAACACGUCGCUUAGAAAGUUCCUCGCCUUUUGUUCUAGCACUUAAUCAAUCGGCAAAGUUUCCUGUUUUACAGAGGCACAUCACGUCUUCGUUUUAUUUUCUUUCCAAGUAUCUGGUUUUGGAUGGUAUGGGACUCGCUAGAUCAUCAGAAGUCAUCUCUCAAUCUGAAGGAUUUCCUGUUGGCAACCCUCUACAAUAUUUUCUUUUUGACGGAAGAAGUCGGGAAGUAACUGAGAUGUUUCUACAAUCUGUUGACUUUACUUGGCGUAAUGGUGACUGGAAGCUGUUAUUUAGCUUAUUUAAUUCAGGAGGAUUAAAUCAAUUCGGGGCUUUGGGUGGACCGGAGGAUUUUGCUAUUGAAAUUGCAUUCGUCGAUGGAUUCAAUUUGGAAAACGUUGAUGACAUUGCUGUUGAAACAGAUGAAACUUUACAAAAAUUCGGUAUUCCUAUGCCAAGCUAUAAUCUGAACUUUAUAAAAGAAAAGACAAUGAUUUUGUAUUUCGUAAAAGAUAAUUGUACCCGUGCUACUUUGGUAUUGCAGAACCUGCACAAUAUGGAUGACAUUGAGCAGUGCUUGAAAUUAUUGAAAUUUUGUUUAUCAAAGCCUCCAAGGGACAUAAAAGUUUUGCGAAAUCUUAAGAAUAAAUGGCAACAACUUAAUUUUUGUAAAAAGAUAACCUACUGCUUAUCAAGUGAAGCAUUAGGGGGGAUUGAUGCGCUGCACAUGACGUGGAAUGAUUUGAUGGAACACACCCUCCUGGAACCGGAGGCGAUUUUGGAUGAGUUAAAAAUGCGUGGACGUUACGACUUAGUCAAAGAAUGGAUUAAUGUUUUUGGACGUGAAAAUAAUCUACUUGAUAAAACUCGCGAAGAUUACUUGAUCCAUUUAUUGGCGAGAACUCCAAUCGACGUCGCAGAAGUUCAUCUCUUUCUUGAGGAAAUAGGAGAUCCUGUGAUUACACUGAAAACAUGCGAAAGACUUCUUUCAAGGGAAAUUCCAAUUCCUAGCGUUGUUUUUAUGAUAGAUUUCAUUCUAACUGAGCUUCAGUUAUAUGUAAAUGCGAUAAGAAAACGUGAAUUAUUUCGACACAGACUUGGAGCAAAUGCGGCUAUGUCUAUCCCACAAAGAAGUUGGAUUAGUUAUGAGCGUUUAACAGCUAAACCCUUUUUAUUGCUGGAACAACUUUUAAUUGACAUUAAAGUGGAAUGGGCUGGAAAGGUUUUUAACAAAAUGCAGACUGAGCUUGCCACUGAUGAGAACUAUGAUGAGAUUUUAAGGAACGAGUUCACGGUGGAGGCAUUUGACGAUUUAUUGAAGUGUUAUGCAACGAAAUCGCUGGAAUUCAAAGUUGUAACUUACGAAGAACGUGAUGUCAAUGAUAAAUUUCUAGAUGAUUCCUCUUCGGGGAAUUCCACACCCAUAUUUGGUCAACGAAGAAAAUCUAGUCAAGAGAGCUUGCGUAGUGUCAAAGGGUCUUUCAGUCAACGGCGUCAAAGCAAUGGAUUUGUCAUUCCCGAAAAUAUUCCAGCUGAGGAAGACUGGGAACCAGACUUUAAACACAGGGUUUGCAUGGUUUGCAAGGAAGUGACAUUUAACAUGUUUGUGCGUCGUCAUCAUUGUCGUCGUUGUGGACGAGUUGUUUGUGAUACUUGCUCUCCAUUCAAACGUAUUUUAUCAAAUUUGUCUUCAACACCUGUUCGUGUUUGUAAAGAUUGCGAUAAAGCCAUGUUUCAACAAAGUUACAAGAAAAACAAAAAUACCACAAGUAGAAGCUUGGAACGCCAAGCCAAUGAUGAAUUCCAAACAAGACUUGAUUCAGCUGUUCUAAAAAGCGAGGAAGAGUUUAAUUUUGGUAAUUCUCCACAAGAGUACAGACUAACUUUAGACGAUGAUUGUAAUCAAGCCAUUCGAGAUAUUUUCUAUUAUAAACAAGCACCAAGUUCAUCAUUAUGUACGGCAAUCCUUGCCCUUCACGGAAAUGAUAAGACAUGUGGCGAGUUGUUGCUGAAACUUUGUAAUCUUCUUUCUGAAAAGCUUGCUGUCAGUGAAGAAAUAGAUAACAAUUUGAUCAUUAGCAUCAUGUGUCAGCUGCUUUAUCAUGCAAAGUUGAAAUUUACCAAAUGUGGAAAAACGCAUGGAGUGGAGUUAUGUGAUACGUACAUGAGUCGUGUUGAGUUGGUUCGAUUUCUUAUUGAAUCAAAUUUUUUUGAAAUUCCUUCCAUCGAAGACUUAAUGUCAAACCAAACAUCCAGACGAUUUCGUGAUAGAUUAAUCGAGAGUGAAAAUCUAUCUUUGGCAAUGGAAGUAACGACUAAAUGUGGUCUUGAUCCUGCUGCGGUUUGGGGGGCUUGGGGCUUUGCAUACCUUCAAGCAGGAAUGUAUCCGGAAGCGCGGCAAAAUUUCAGCAAAGUUUUGAAGCCUUCGGAUCUAGGCAAAUCAUCUCAGAUCAACAGUUCUUCUGUGAAAAGGAUCAUUGAUAUUCUUGAAACGUCGUCUUUGAUGUCGUUGGAUAAUUUCUCAAUGGGUGGUCUCUCUGAAAGUUUGGCAAGUUUACGAGAAUCUGUAAAAAAUACAACAGGAAAAUAUUUCAUGGAUUCCAAACGAUAUGAAGAAUGCAUAUUCUACUUGAAUACUUAUGGUUCGAACGAAAGAAUUGUUUCCUUCUACGUGAAUCACAAUCAAUUAAAACUGGCCUGCAGAUAUAUUUUGGAAAAGAGAUGUAAUCCUGAUAUUUUCACGGAAAACCUUCUCAUGCCUUGUUUUCGUCGUGGAGAGUUCUCAGAGCUUUGCGAGCUGCUUAAGAUGUUUGAUCCGUCGCUAGAUGUGUGGAUCAACUAUUUGAUUGGUGCUUGCAGAUAUUUAAGUCGUUCUAAUUGGUUCAAUUUGCUUUAUCGUGUUCAACUUCUCAUGAAGGAUUUCUUCCGGGCGGCUAUGACAUGCAUAAAAUUUUACCAGGGUUUACCAAAUAAUCCUGCCAAAAGUUAUGCUGAUCUGUAUAUGAGGUUAAGUUUUUUGAGGGAUGCUUUUGCUCAUCUGGAUUGCGUACGCAAACAUCAACAAUCAAAGAAAGGAACCUUGAAAAUAGGGACUAGCUCACUUCAAAGAACCAUUGAAGAACCAAAUGAAGAUAGAUCGCGUAUAUCAGUAACGCCAACAGAACUUAACACUUAUAUGAAUACCGUAACUCUACAAAUUGACGUGACAAAAUUCAUGCAGAAUUGCUUAACCAAUGGAACGUUCUGGGAAGAACGGAAUUCAUCAAAAAAGAAAUUGGGUACAUUAUUUGAUAAUGCAACUGUCAAAUGUCAGGUUGUUGCCCAGAUGUUGCUUUCUGGGAGUUGUGUCGAAGAUGCCUUCACUUUGUCUGCCCGGAUCAUACAAGAUUUUCGUUUGCCAUCUUUGAAUGUCUACAAAAAAGUUGCUCAAGAGCUGGAAAUCGAUCAGAAAUAUGAACAAAUUAACGUGUUGUUGCUGAACGCCGUUCAAACAAGAUCGAUCAAAAACAGAGAUCAUGACGCCAUUAUUCUGGAGUUAUUGGGGAUGUUGACUGAUAACGACAAAAAGUGGAAACAGGCUGAGUUACUCAUAAAAUCUUUAAAAGAUGAAGGGAAAAAGGUUGCAGCUUAUGUACGAUUUGGACGGUUAAAGACGGCGUAUUUGAUAGCAGUCUCCAGUGAGAGAGUAAAUGAUGUCAAAAACAUCGCAGAUAUCGCCAAGGAAAAGGAACAGGAUAAGGUGUACAACAUUUGUAAGAAAUGGUUGGACAGUAGACAAAUGAGAGAUGAAGGGUCAUGAUUACGUCAUUUUGGAGGAUCAUGACUACGUCACAUUCGAUGGACAUGUUUACGUCAUAUUCAAAUAAAACUAGCGCAAACAAGAGAAAUAAUCGUUUCAGCGAUUUGCUGUGUUUAAUUUCACUUAUCAGCUAUGCGCCAAAUUGAAAAUAUUAAGAACUAUCAGUCAUAAAAAUAUACUACGGGAAAAUAACGGGAAUUUUGAAACACAACCAAAUAAAAUGAACGAUAAAAAACAUGACCAAAGUGCAACAGAAAAUUUAAUGCAAACACAUUCUUCUAAAAAAAUAGCAGGGAUUUGUAUCACGAGGCCUCUAUUGUGUGGAUAAUUAUUAUUCACUAUUGUUCUCACAAGUUUUCAACAAAUAUUUCGAAUCCUGAUUUGGAUAAAACAUACGACCAGGAAACAUUACAAAUCCAGUGAAUAACAACUCUUGGAACGAACUCCAAGACUGUUGGGUGAGGAUAUGUCAUGGUUGUAAACUAAUCUUUCACGCCAUCUACGGAAUUUUUUCUGUUGCCUUGUGGAGCUGUGUGAAAUGCUUUCUGGAAAUAUAUGACUCACUUGGUUGUCUGAGAAUUGUGAAUUGCUUAUU